AUGUUGGAGAACCUACAGGGUAGACUCAACGGACGAGCCUAUGAUUUAAAUCGGGCAAAACAACAUUUCCAAAAUUUAGAGAAAAGAAUUGCAGAUCAAAAGAAAGUAACAAACGGCCGUGAAGCCUUGCUGAACGAAUUCCAAACUUCAACUUGGACUACCUUUCAACGUCGCCAAGAUGGCUCUGUAAAUUUCCAUCGCAAUUGGACUGAAUAUAAAAACGGCUUUGGUAAUGCUCCCCAAGGCGAAUUCUUUUUGGGUCUACAAAAACUUCAUGAACUUACUUCAGAGGCACCACAUGAACUAUUGGUCAUUUUGAGAGAUUGGCAAGAUGAUGUACGUUAUGCCCACUAUGAUCACUUUGCAGUGGGUAGUGAAAAUGAGAAAUAUUCACUUAUGGAAUUGGGUUUGUAUAGUGGCAAUGCUGGUGAUGAUUUGAAAAACUUCAAAGGCAUGAAGUUUUCAACAUUUGAUUCCGACAAUGAUGCUAGUGAUGAAUUUCAUUGUGCAGAACUUUUCACCGGUGGAUGGUGGUUUGAAAGUUGCGGUCUAAGCAAUUUAAAUGGUCGUUAUUUAAAAGGAAGAGAUUCAAGCACUGGCGUGACCUGGUCUGAAUGGAGAGGUGAAGAGUACUCUUUGAAAUUUGCUGAAAUGAAAAUACGCCGCAAGAAUGUGGCAUAA